AUGAAGAUUCCCCUGUCUUCGCUUCCCUUUUUUCUUAUCUCUGCUCCAGACCUUUGCUCCCAAAACUACGAGGGAAGAUAUAAAUCGAAAAUGCAGCCAAGAAAGAAGCUGCACGACGACGUUUUCGAUGGAGAAGAAGACUAUUGUCCACAGAGAAAAAUCAAAAAAUUGGACAUUCAAGUCGACGCUGGUUUGAAAGUCUUCAGCAACUAUCACAUUCUUCACGAUAUCCUCCAGAACGUCUUCGGAAAGGACGAAUCAAUUUUGGAUAAUUUGAACUUGCGACUAGUAAGCAAGUUAUUCAACCACGUCAUCCUCAGCAAAAUUCGUGCUGCCUUUGUACAAGUACAAGUGAGCCCAGAUCAAAAAUUGGACUCUUGCGGAGAAAACAGUGACAAUGAAGAAUCAGAAGAAGAUCAAGUGGCUUCAUUACAAGACAAAUCCUUCAUUCUCAAUGAUCGUAGAGUUGUGUUUCGUCAUGUGCCAAAGUUCUUCGAAUUCUUGAAUUCUGUGGCUCGAAUUCGAGUCCGUGAUCUUCUGUUCUCUGGCUUCACAUCUCCUAAUGAAUAUCUUCACAAAUGCAUUCUGUACAGUCUGUUGAAUGGCAAUUGGUUCACACUCUGCUCCUACAAAGGUGCCGAUGAGAUUUGCAAUGGAUGUUCUGCUUGUAAGGAGAUCGCUUCUCGCGUCAAGAUCUACGGACCAGUUCAACUUUGCACACUAUUCGAACCAAUUCACGAGAAGAAGAAACAUUAUGAACAGUUGAUAGUCACAGAAAUUCGUCUGGCAAGUAUAAUCACUUCGGAAAUCAGCUGCGAUCAACUGGAUCUUGUUUUCUCGGAUCGUUGUAUGUGGUCCAAAGAAACAUUGUCUCAUCCUCGUGAAGUUAUCGAUUGGAUUGUCAAGGCUUGGAGUGUUAAAUCUAUAAAUGUCAGCUUCAUCACUGGAUAUUCUUCAAUUGAUUACAAGUUAUGGGCCAGUCAAAGAGUCUUCACCGAAAUGAGAUUUGAUGAAAUGUUUGUGGAACAAAACACAAGUCCACAGAAUCGACAGGACAACUUUGAUCGUGUUGAAGUCGACAUGCAAGCUGGAGACGAGAUCGCCACGUGUUUUGCUGAAUCUAUGGGAAUGUUCGAGCGAAGUGGAAUGUCUGCGACGGCGUUUCAGAAUGUAUGCGCCAAUGUGAAGCGUAUCUUCCCAACACAAGAUAUGUACCUCAUUCUCCCUUUAGAAUUAGCACAUGUGGCUUCUGCAGAAUUCGAUGGAUUCUGUGAGGCGCUUUUGGCGUUUGCAUGGAAGGACGAACGAACAGCAAGACACUCUCGACUCUUCUUCCGUAUUUACACUUUCGGAAUCACAGAGAAGGAGGUCAUGCGGCAAAUCGAAAAGCCCUUUCAAAUCAACUGCCGUCCUGUUAUCGCAAUGCUCUCUUCUCCAGUUGUCCGUCGUUCGUUUCUUAAAUGGUUGCCUGGGACGACGACUCUGUUCGAUCGAUCCCUUCUCUCCUUCACCGACGAUUCAAACAACUGCGUUCUUCAUUUGGAAGUCUGCGUAGAAACCUUCUAA